UUACCUCACAACCAAAACACUGACAUUGACUAUUUCAGGAAAAUCCUCGACUCAUGCAUUGCAACUCUACAUCUCAGCAGAGCCUGGGAGGGAGAAUAAAGUACCUGGAGUUAUCUCUGUCUCACUGUCUCUGCAGUAGAAAAGGGAAUCAUGGAAGGUGUGCUUGCUGUUAAAACUGUGAUGGUAGUUGUGAUUGCAGCACACUGUGGAGCUGUGCCCGCCACUACACCCAGCCAAGAAGACCUGUCUAAAGCCCAGGACUAUCUGUCUCAGUUUUUUUCUGAUGUGGGUGUCAGUGCCCCCAACAGUAUCUGGCGCAGCUCUCUAGAUUCCUUUGAAGACACUCUCAGAAAAAUGCAGGAGUAUUUUGGACUGGAGGUGACUGGGCAGUUGGACUCCAACACCCUGGAAGUGAUGGCUCGACCCCGCUGUGGUUUCACAGAUGUGGCCAGAUAUAGCCAUUUUGAUGGUCGACCAAAGUGGGGCAAGCCUGUGGUCACAUACAGGAUAACUAACUACACACCAGAUCUGAGACAGAGUGAUGUGGAUGCCACCUUAGCCAAGGCUCUGAAACUCUACAGUGACGUCAUUCCUCUGGAUUUUAGGCAGAUCUACAGUGGCACUGCUGACAUUAUGAUCAUAUUCAAGGCCAGAGACCAUGGAGAUUUUUCUCCAUUCGAUGGCAAGAGUGGCGUCUUGGCCCAUGCAUUCUCCCCUGGAGAAGGCAACGGAGGUGAUACCCAUUUUGAUGAAGAUGAAGUCUGGACUCUAACCUCAGCAGGAACAAACCUGUUCUUGGUGGCAGCCCAUGAGUUUGGCCAUGCACUGGGAUUAGCCCACUCUCAGGUCCAGACAGCCCUGAUGUACCCCACCUACCAGUAUGUGACCACAGAGGGAUAUGCGCUACCAGAUGAUGACAGACGGGGAGUACAGGCUAUUUACGGAGUCAGAGUGAAACCAGCUCAACCUGAACCAAAUCCACAGCCUACCAAAAAACCUGUGCCAAAACCACAACCUAGACCUGAACCAGAUCCUGGGCCCACAUCAGAACCUUUUCCAGACAGGUGCAACAGGAACUUGAUUUUUGAUGCUGCAACCUCCAGCCAGAGCAAUAUUUACUUCUUCAAAGAUGGAUAUUUCUGGAGGAGGAGCAGCUCCUGGGAUGGCAUCAGUAUGAACAGAAUACAGACUGUCUGGCCUGGAAUCAGCAAAGUUGAUGCUGCUUAUGAGUAUAAGAAUACUAUUUUAUUUGAAGGGGAUCAUUACUGGGGGAUCAGAGGAAGGACUGUCCUACCUGGUUAUCCCAAACCUCUCAGCGACUUUGGCUUUCCCCCAUCUGUAACCAAGGUAGAUGCUGCUGUCCAUGUGUCAUUCAUAGGCAGGACCCUCCUCUUUGUGAGGAACAAAUACUGGAGCUACAAUGAAAGGAGGGGCAGAAUGGAUGGUGGGUACCCAAAAUUCAUUCACAGAGCGCUCCCUGGGAUUGGCUACAGAGUAGAUGCUGCAUUUGAGAACGGAGGUUAUCUCUACUUUUCAUACGGAUCCAGACAGACAGAGUACCACUACCAACGAAGAAAAGUGCGACGCAUCCUGUUAAACUAUGGAUGGUUGGAUUGCAACUAAAGAAACAAAGACCCAAAU